AUGAACGAUAUUAGUAAUCUGUUUUACACGGGCGACAAAGCAAUCGCCGGCGACGGUGCCCCUGGCGGUAACGAAGAGGUGGAGUUGCUCGGCGAGGACUUCUUGACGGCGGCUGCCGAGGCGGCCGUUGCGUCGGACAGGAACUUCUUGUUGGGCUCUCUGGAGAGGGCCGACUAUUUGCGGCCGCCUCCUACCGCCGCACCGGCUCCCGCUCAUGUCGCGCACAUGUCGAUUGGAUCGUUGGAAAAUGCAGGUUGUGCAAAAAUGAAAAAUUUUAAAGUUGUUGCUGAUAAUUUGGUUAUAUGUUGUGAAAAAGUCGAUCAAAAUGCUGUGGAAAGUGAUACCGCAUUUUUUGAUGCUUUGGAAGUAUUUGCAGGCGACGAUAAUAAGGUAGAUAUUAAUUUUGUAAGAAUUAAUAUCGACAAUACCACUAAUGAUCUGGAAUCUAUUCUCAUUAAAAAUUUUCCGGAAGUUAAAUGUGAAAAAUUAAAUUCGCAACGUCCUGAAAUUUACUCUUCUUUUAAAGUUACAAUAUUGGAAAGUCAUUUUAGAAAUGAUAUGAAUCCUGAAUUAUGGCCUCUAUGA